GGCCGGUGCAAUUUUUACAACAAAGCCGCACGCCACUACUGGGCUCAGCUAAACAUAGUUAGGUCUACUCACUCCACUCGCCACCAUUCCCUGCCCCUCCUUGCGCAACCCAGCAUAGUGUCUUGGAUGGUUGGAUAAUCACUGGUUGGUAAGAUUGAUUGCAAAGACAUCUGAUUUCUACAGAAUGGCUGCUGUCAAUGGCUCAAGUGACUUGUCUUCAGAGAUGGAGGUGGAUGCAUUUAGACGCCUCUUCCCUUUGCGCUAUCAUGAAUAUCAUCUUCUUAAAUCUGUCCGACCUGAUGCCCGAAAGCUUGGAAGUGCUAGAGAUACAACACUUGCACUUGGUGCCGUUGCCUCUGCUGAUGGAUCAGCACUAGCAAAGAUUGGAUCCACUACAAUGCUGGCUGCCAUCAAAAUGGAAGUCAUGACACCGACAGUGGAAUGUCCAGAUGAGGGAUCCAUAGCUAUCGAAUUUCACAUGCCUCCCAUUUGUUCUCCCCUGGUUCGGCCUGGUAGGCCUGCAGAGGCAGCAGAAGUAAUUUCGAAGCAGCUGUCAGACACUAUCUUCAGUUCUGGCAUGAUUGACUUAAAAGAGUUGUGCUUGGUUGGAGGAAAAGCUGCAUGGAUGGCUUACCUGGACAUAUACUGUUUGGAUGCUGAUGGUGCCCUGUUUGAUGCUGCAUUACUAUCUGCAGUUGCUGCCUUUUCGCAUUUGAACAUUCCAGUAGUGUCUUUGAAUGAUGAUGGGCGAAUAGUUCUUGUGUCUGAGGACAAUGUCAGAGGGAAAUUGGAGAAGGAGCCUGUCAAUAAAGAGAAAAGAAAACUGAAAUUGAACUCUCCACCAUUCUCCUUAACAUGCAUACUUCACAAGAACUACAUCUUAGCAGAUCCUACAGCAGAGGAAGAAUCUAUAAUGGAAACAGUUGUAACUGUGGUAUUGGAUUCAUAUUACCAGCUUGUUUCACUUUAUAAGCCAGGUGGACCAGUUCUUGCCCAUACAUCAGUUAUCCAGGAUUGUGUUGCGCUGGCAAGACGUAGAGUGAAAGAGCUUCAGAAUGUAUUGAAUGAAGCUAUUUCGGAUAUGGAGGUAGACUGAAGGAGGAUUUCCUUGCACCAUAGCAUUCAACAGGCAGCUGGUUUUGACUUUAGGAUUGCCUGCCUGUACUCAAAUAUUUUAUAAUAGAGGUCACUUGGAACUUAUCGAAAAAAUGCAUUAGAAAAGGUAGCUCUGGUAGCCCUGGCUGCAGGAAUUUUGAUUAGCCAAUAUUUAGUGGGGAAUUGCUUAUUAAUUAUUUGUUAAUUCUCUUAGUUGUUUCAUUUAUAUCAUUUGGCUCAAGCGCGAGUUAUAGCUA